UAAAACGACAUUAAAAUGUCUCAAAACGGCAAAUUGAUGCCUAAUCUUGACCAACAAAGCACCAAACUCCUUAAUCUCACUGUUCUUCAGCGAAUCGACCCUUUCAUUGAAGAAAUUCUCAUCACCGCUGCUCAUGUCACCUUCUACGAGUUCAACAUUGACCUCAGCCAAUGGAGUCGCAAGGAUGUUGAAGGAUCUCUUUUUGUUGUCAAAAGGAAUACGCAACCUCGGUUUCAGUUUGUUGUGAUGAAUCGACGCAAUACAGAUAAUUUGGUGGAAAAUCUCCUGGGAGAUUUUGAGUAUGAAGUCCAGGUCCCAUAUUUAUUGUAUCGAAAUGCAUCUCAAGAAGUAAAUGGUAUUUGGUUCUACAAUGCACGUGAAUGUGAAGAGGUUGCAAAUCUCUUUAACAGAAUUCUCAAUGCAUAUGUCAAGGUGCCUCAAAAGUCAAUGGUAUCAUCUACUAAAAGUGAGUUUGAGGAACUGGAAGCUGUUCCAACUAUGGCCGUAAUGGAUGGUCCUCUGGAGCCAUCAUCAUCAACUGUAUCCAAUGCUGCUGAUGCCCCUGAUGAUCCUGCCUUUGUGAACUUCUUCAGUACAGCAAUGAAUAUCGGGAAUGCUUCAAAUGCAACAAUUGCUACCCAACCUUACCAGUCUUCUACAACAGUACCUCCACCUUCCAAUCCAGCCACUGUUGCCUCUCCUGUUGUGCCAACCUUGCAAAUACCCUCACCUUCUCUGUCCGCAUCUGUGCCCUUAAUGCCGCUACUUGACCCUGAAUCCAGCAGCAGCAGCAACCGGAUCGCUAAUCUUGUGAAGCCGUCAUCAUUCUUUGUUCCUCCUCCUGCUUCUGCCAGGAUGAUCCCCUCUGUCUCUUCAUCUAUACCCACAGCUCCACCUCUGAAUCCUCCCUCAAGUCUGCAACGUCCAUAUGGUGCCCCAUUGCUUCAACCUUUUCCACCACCAACUCCUCCGCCACCAUCUCUUACUCCUGUUCUUACUCCAAACUAUGGAGCAGUUAUCAGCAAAGACAAAGUCCGAGAUGCACUUCUAGCACUUGUUCAGGACAAUCAAUUCAUGGACAUGUUCUAUCGAGCACUGCUGAAUGCACAUCAUUCUUGACCAGUUGAAAGCAGCAUUACAAUGUAGUAGUUGCUGGAAUUUUUGUUCAUUGUGUAGCUCUCUACAAGUGUGUAAGACCCAAUCUGUAUAGCAUUUUGCACUGUCUCAUUGGUUUUGAUGGAGUAAAUGUUGAUGUUGGUAUAUAAAUUGCUCUUGUUUUUUAUUCAGUAAACAUGUGAAAUAUGGCUCCUUGGUUAUUAUCA